CGCAGACCGGAGCAGAGACGGACGGUCGGAGCUCCGGAGCGUCGCUUCUUCUAUCCCCGUUAAAAAAAAAAAAAAAAAAAAACAAUUUUAAAAGAAACAGCUUGUCGGAGUCGAAACAAACUCACAUUUUCUCUUUUACUCUCUUUUUUUCCUUUUUCACCUUAAGGACAAAUGACGCGAGAAAACCCGAGAGAAAGACGCAGAAGAUGAAGCGUCUCUUCAUCAGCCAGCCGGAGCGAGCGAACUCUCAAGGACAUCCUUUACCCCGAGCAGCUGUCCGUCGCAGUUUCCCCCUCGGCCACGUCGCAGGUGAACGCAACCGUCCUGCUCCCGGUGCAUGCUGGGAGCAGAGCUGCAGGCCGGACUCAGCUGGACUUCCAGAGGUGAACAGCUGCCAGUGAGCUUUUAUCAGAGCAGGCCAUGGCUGCCCAUCGAAUCAUCAGAGUGACGAACAACAACCACAUCCUCCCUCGCUGCAAAUCUGAAGGGACGCUCAUCGACCUCAGUGAAGGGGUCACUGGAGCCAGUCUCAACGAUGUCAAAGUGCCUUCUCCCAGUGCCUUAAGGCUGGACACUUCAGCCUCCUAUGGAGCUGCACAGGAGGUGGUCGCCAUAAAGGAUUAUUGCCCAAGCAGCUUUACCACGCUGAAAUUCUCCAAAGGCGAUCGCCUUUAUGUGCUGGACACAUCAGGUGGAGAGUGGUGGUAUGCCCACAACAACACAGAAAUGGGAUACAUCCCAGCCGCCUACGUCCAGCCGGUCAACUUCAGGAACUCUUCGCUUAGUGACAGUGGGAUGAUCGACAGUCUAGGGGAGGGGUAUGAGGACGGGUCGAAGGAGUUUGGAGGUCUCGGGGAGUGGACGGGAAUGAGCCUGAAGCCCUCCACGAUUUACAACAACAGUCCUUUCUCUGUGAACCCCUUUAUCUGCCCGUUAGAUCAAAACUGCAAAGAUAUAGGUGUGAGGAACUCUGCAGAUCUUAUUGUCUUUGACGCUCUGGCAUCUCCUUCAUCCUGCUCCAACUUUAACAGUGGUACAAUCAUGAGUAACGGGUUCAGCAGCUACCAUAUUAACAACACCAAUCCUACCAGCCCCAUCCAAGAGAUUGGACCUAACCUUCACAGGGAUAAUCCAUUUUUCAGGAGUAAACGCUCCCACAGUUUGUCAGAACUGUCCGUCCUGCAGGCGCAGGCAAAUCCAACAUUACCUUCUUCUGGGUUCUUCACGGGCCUUAAGGCUCCAGUGCCAGAGCAGUUUCAGAGCAGGGAGGACUUCAGGACCGCUUGGUUGAACCACAGAAAGCUCGCCAGGUCUUGCCAUGACCUCGACUCUCUGGGUCAGAGUCCCGGAUGGGGCCAGACGCAGCCGGUGGAGACCAACAUUGUGUGCAGAUUGGACAGUAAUGGAGGGGUUGUUCAGCUUCCAGACACCCAAAUCAGUGUACACAUCCCUGAGGGCCAUGUUAGCCACGGAGACUACCAGCAGAUCUCCAUGAAAGCCUUACUGGACCCUCCUCUGGAGCUCAACAGUGACCACUGCUCCACCGUCAGCCCUGUGGUGGAGAUCAAGCUCAGCAACAUGGAGACCAAGUCCUUCAUCACGCUGGAGAUGAAGGUGUCGGUGGCUGUGAAGAAAGAGAGUUGCCACUCUGCUGAAGUGCUUUGUGUUCGAAGUGAUUGCAAAGAAGGGCCUUACACACCGAUCCCCAACGCUUACAUUUAUAAGGACACCGUCCAGGUGCAGCUGGAUAGUCUCGAGCCUUGCAUGUAUGUGGCUGUUGUGAUCCAGUCGCAGUAUAUUACCCACAAUAUGACUGUUUGGGACCACGUACAGAGGAAAGUAACUCUGGGUGUAUAUGGACCGAAGCACAUUCACCCAUCUUUCAAAGCUGUUGUGGCCAUGUUUGGGCAUGACUGCGCGCCCAAAACCUUGUUGGUGAAUGAGGUUGGCCGGCAGGCUACCUCGACCCCGCCGGUGGCCCUCCAGCUUUGGGGGAAGCACCAGUUUGUGUUGGGAUACCCUCAGGACCUCCAGGUCGGAUUGUACUCCAACAUGUCCAACUACCAGGUGAAGGCGAGCGAGGGCGCCGGGGUGGUUCGUGGAUUUCAGGUAAAACUGGGGAAGGUCAGCAGGCUGCUGUACAUGAUCACGUCACACAACCCCAGCAGCAUCUCCGACUUCACUCUCAGGGUCCAGGUGAAGGACGCCCUCGACUGCAUCCUCACUCAGUUCUGCGUCCAAACUCCGCAGCCACCACCGAAGACCGGAACGAGGAUUACAGGCCAGAGGAGGUUUCUGAAAAAGAAAGAGGUGGAUAAGAUCGUCCUCUCGCCGCUGGCUGUCACCUCCAAAUACCCAAAGUUUCAGGACAGGUGCAUUACAAACCUGAAAUUUGGCAAGUUGAUCAAAACGGUGAUCAGGCAGCACAAGAGUACGUAUCUAUUGGAGUACAAGAAGGGGGAUGUUAUUGCUUUGCUCAGCGAGGAGAAAAUCAAACUGCGAGGGCAGCUGCGGACCAAAGAGUGGUACAUUGGAUACUAUCAGGGGAAGAUGGGGCUUGUCCACGCCAAGAACGUUUUGGUUCUGGGUAAGGUCAAACCUAUUUAUUGGUGUGGGCCGGACCUAACCACCACAAUGCUGCUGGAGCAGAUCCUGAAGCCUUGUAAGUUUCUCACCUACAUCUACGCGAUGGUAAGGACGGUUUUAAUGGAGAACGUGGGUAACUGGAGGGCGUUUGCCGAUGCAUUGGGAUAUGGGAACCUGCCGCUGAGUUAUUUUUGUCGGACCGAGCUGGACAACGAGCCGGAGAAGGUGGCGUCGGUUCUGGAGAAGCUCAAAGAGGAGUGUACCAGCAUGGAGAACAAGGAGAGGAAGUCCUUCCAGCGGGAACUAAUGAUGGCGUUGCUGAAGAUGGACUGCCAGGGUCUGGUUGCCAGGUUGGUCUUGGAUUUCGUCCUGUUGACCACAGCGGUGGAGGUGGCGUCCCGGUGGAGGGAGCUGGCUGAGAAACUGGCCCGGGUGUCCAGGCAGCAGAUGGAGGCUUAUGAGGCUCCACAUCGUGACAAGAACGGCCUGCUGGACAACGAGUCCAUGUGGAAACCGGCCUAUGACUUCCUGCUGACGUGGGCCGCCCACGUUGGCGACAGCUACCGAGACGUAAUCCAGGAGCUGCACCUCGGUUUGGACAAGAUGAGGAACCCCAUCACCAAAAGAUGGAAGCACCUGACCGGCACGCUAAUCCUGGUCAACUGCCUCGAUACCCUCCGCAGUGCCGCCUUCUGUCCCACCGGAUAUGGAGACUUUGCCGUCUGACCAUUCUUAAAGGUUCAAGUCUUCAUCUUGUGGUGGAGGUUUCUGGGGAUCAGUACUUUUUGGUUUAAGACGGUACUGAGGAUACCAUGACCGGGAUGGAUGUACAGCUUUAGGUCAGUCGGAUGACUCUUGAGGCUUCCCUCGGCUUUUGAUCUUCAGGUCGGAUUUGUUUCUUGUUUCACUGCAGGUAGAAACGCCACGAUUCUAGCACUGGAUAAGUCAAUGUGAAACUAGAGCAUCUGCCUCUUUGUGUUUUUUAUCCUCUAUGUUGUUCUCUCUCUCCAUCUUGCUUUGUCUACCUCUGCUCUCCUCGUCUCUUCUCUACCUCACCCUUUUGUCCUUAUCACUUUGUCUUUUGAUGGCGUUCUCUAUUAAAUCCAGUCUGUUUUUGUAUUUCUACCUUGUGUCCAUUUUGGUUCCGUGAAUUGCAUUUUCAGAUAUUUGUCGUUGUUUCCGCCGCUGUAUAUUUCCUUCGUUCACCCUCAGGACAACAUCAGAGACCUCAGCCACUGCAGUACAGACCUGUGCAUACUGUGACAUCUCCACCAUACUUAUAAUUUCAUUUAAUCCCCAAACAGAACUGACUGUUUUCUUGAUCUUGACUGUUUGACUGUUUGCAAGCCAAACUUUAUACAUAAACAACUUCUGUCUCCAUUUCUGAUGGGCAGUUUUUAGUCUUUGACUGACUCUCACUCGCAUUGUUUUAUAAAAGAAGAAACAGUGGAUAUUUAAAAUGUCUUCAAUCAGAAGAAAUUUUCAAAAAAAUGUUUCGUACAUUUAGAGUUUGUCAGUGAUUAGCUUGCCAAAAACGUUAGCCCAAUGCUAACGUCACAUUCAGUAAAGAUACUUUAUAUCUGUUGAUGCAAGAUAUACCUAUAUUUUUUUAUACUUGCAGCUAAUAUAUUAUCAGCAAUGUUGUUGUUUUCUGAGCUUGGAUUCUCUUUUAGUGUAAUCAUUUUUCAUCAUAAAAAAAAUGGAAAAGUUGGACAUUUUGAGAGUCAAAACUCCAAUCUUGCAAUGUUAAAUCGAGUUAAAAAAAAACAUUUUUUAGUUGAACAUCCAUAUCCAGUCCUCAGUUCAAAAGAUGAUGCUACAUACUCCAACAGACUGUUAGCUAGCUAGUAGGCUAGCAUGGAUUAUGGGCUCUAGCAGGGAGUUACUUUCAAGCAUAACUUUGAUUUUACCUGGAGAAAUUAGCUAACAAUGCUAAUGAUGCCGCUGUCUGGCAAAGUCAAUGGCUAAAAAUACACUGUUAGCUAGCUCAUAAGCUAGCAUGGAUUAAUUGCAAGUUCAAAAUACUUGUUCCGUGGAUAUUUUAAUCUAUCAUUAUGUCAUGAAGACAUUUCUGAAAUGUAUCUCAAAAUGAUAAACAUGGAAAUGAAUGCAUACAGUGCACAACACCAUAAUGAGGACUGUCUGUGUUAGCUAGAUGGUUAGCUAGCAAAGAUUACUUACCCUAUUUCUGUUUUACAGGUUUCAAACUGUUCUACAGACUGAUUGUUUUAUUUGUCACGAUCUAUGUCAAGAAGACAGCAUAAAUGACAACAUGGACACUUACCCUUUUAAUUAAAUAUCAAAAUCUGAUCAUUUUGGCAGAUGACAAUGCUACAUCUAGCUACAACAUGUAGCAUUAGCUGGCUGGCUUGGAUUUUAUGCAUUUCUUCCAAGCGCAACUUCAGUUUUCUACAUAUAAAACAUCUGCUCAAACACAAAUGUUUUGAUUUAUUAGACAUGAUAUGUAGAAGACAGAACUGAAAUGCAUUUCAGAAUAAAUGAAACACAACAUGCAAGCUACUAAAAUUACUGUCAGACAUUUCCAGAACAGACCAAGAUUAUAAUUAUUUACAUUUUGCACAUUUUACCAGAUGGAUCAGAAUAUAUUUAACUUAAAGACACAUCAGCUCUUACAGCCAGACUAAACCUGUGUGAUUUUUAUUUAAAUUUUUUUAAAGAACUGUGAAAAGUACACAUCAGAAAGUUAGUUUUUGUUAAAAUCAGAUUUUAAAAAGCCUUUUUAUUUAUCAUUUUGUGAUCUCGACGAGGAUCAUCAGUCAGCUUUGAUGCUAUUGAUUGAUGCUUGUAUUGUAUAAUUUGUGUUUUCACUUCACGCUUUUUCUUGUUUGUGUUCUCUAUGUUUUUGUGACUGCUGCAGUGUUUGGAAUAUGAACCUGAACUGAACAGAAAAUGCGUGAGGAGUUUAUAUAUUUGUAUCGAACGAGUAUUGACACAUUCGUAAGUGAUGCUGUUUCACCUGUGAGACGUCGCAGAUCUGAAAUCUGUUCAGUUUUUCUGUUCAAAAAGUAUCAAUAAAACUGAAAACUUUUAAAAAUG